GGUGGUUUAAACAGCUAAACAUUGAAGAACAACAAUUUAGGACUUGAUUUUCUAUACUUAUCUAUACUGGAGAACUCGAAAUAAACCCUUGAACUGCUUUGUGAACUAAAAACAGCAAAGAAACAUUAACAUUUUCCUCAGAAAUUGACAGGUUCUUUUCGAGAUCAGCUAGAUUAACAUAUACACUAUGGGCCGAGGGUGCUAUACGCCAUUGGGGGGAAUGGAAGGGGGUAUUAUUGCAACCUUUUCGACGGCUCUACAGUUUGUUAUCAGGUGUAUCUUCAUGAAUGAUUGGGCAACUAUUAAAUCAACUAAUCCAACCAACGGUUCGGUAGUGCAAGAGCAAAGAAUGGGAAUAUUCUAUAUGUGUAACCAAAUUGGAGAAGGUGCAAGAGUAUGCCAGUCGACUGUAAACAUGGAUUUCCCUCAUGCGUAUAAAGCAGCAGGUGCAAUGGCUAUCGUUUCCUGCGUAUUUUUGGGUGUCAGCUUCAUCGCUUUCAUAAUCGGUUACGGAGCACUGUAUAAAAACCCGGGCAUCCUCAACGGCAAGUUCUUUGCCUUUCUUGCGGUUGCAGUGUGGAUAUCAACCUUUUGCAACAUUUUGAGCUACACCAUAUUCGGUACUUACAUCGAAACUGCCUUUUAUCACGUCAGACCAUCUGACAGCUCGUCGCUAUUUCUAGGCGGGUUUUACCAAAUGGUGGGCAGUUCGGUAUGCAGUUUGACAGUAGCCAUUUUGCUCAGCUGUGUUCCCGGGGUAAUGGCAAGAAUGCGUGGACAGGGAAACAUCUGGUCGAAUGGAAAAACAAACCACGCUGUUGAACUGGAAGCCAAGUAAUGAUCACCUAAUAAUAAUAAUAAAGAAACGCCAACCUGGGUUAUUCUGUCAACGACAUGAAGAGAAUUGAAAAACAUUAAAGGCAAUACCCCCAACAUAUUCCCUGACUUUUUUUGCUGGCUUAGAACAUGAACAAUCUGAGGACACUCAUAGAACUUCCUACAAACCUGCUUAUGGAAGGACCAAAAUUUGGGUUUUUAGCCUUUAUUUUAGCUUGUGACAGGUACUCAAACGUUUGUUACGACCCAGGUGAUAUGGCAACGAGGUUGAAGCUUCGUCGUUCUUUUAUAGGUUAAACAUCUAGCUAGGGAUAAUUAAUUUCAAUGGUUAAAGAAGGAUUCAAAAUUACAAAGACUUAUUUCCACAAAGCGUACAUUGAGUUCAAUAUAUGCCGUAUAUGCAAAAUAUACUAAAUGAUCCGAUAUUCGCUUUAUCGGCUGAUAAACAACAUUAGUCGUAAAUGCAGCUAAUGAACGAUUUGAGUCGCAUAUGGGGUUGAUUUUCUGAAAAAGAUCACAAGAGCCCAAUAAGAACAGAAACAUCACUGGCUGCUGUUGGGAUGAAGAAUGGUUGCAGUAAUUUGACGUGAUAAAAUUAAAUAUCAAAGUCUACAUACAUUCAACAGCAAUAGGGCAGAUAACACAUUUUCAAAGAUGAUAAACUGAUGACGAUAGUAUUUAGUACUGAUGAACUCUUAAAGUACACCAAUCAAAUACACUCUAAUAUUAUAAAUAAAUAUAUGAAGAAAUGAAUAAAUACAAAAUAAGCACAGUGAAAUAAGUGAGAACUGCAUAAUGGGCCCAGAAGGUCCAUAUUUGUCAUUAUAUGGAGAUAAAUAUUUUUAGUAUUUCAAGAAAUUCUAAAAUAUUUUUGAUGCAGUGUUCCCGAAACUGUAUGAAUAAAUCUUCAAGGGUUUCAUUAUAAGAAAGUCUAUCAUACACAUCGUCCCCUUAUUUCCACAUUGUCAUAAUUGCAUUUUUGCUGAUAUUGAGAAAUCAGGAGUUGAAGAUUUAGGGCUUCAUAACUUAUGAGUAGUAAUUUUUAGAAACUUCUUUUUUUAAUAUGUAAGCCCUUGCAGAGCAAAAAUCACCGAUGAACAAUUAAUAAAACACAUCUUUUUAUGGGUUCUUGUUUUUUAAAUAACAAAAUAACCCUGAAAACUGAAUUUUUAUUCACUUCCAUUUUGUUAUUGUCUGUAUAACAUUAGUCUGCCCAUCUAAUUAUACAGAAUAUUACUCAUGUUCCAUUUUGA